CAAUUCUUUUAUCGCUCAUAAAAAAAUAUGACUUCGAUAUGUUCCUAGAAUCGGAGCUAAAGGUACAAAGAAACAUGAAAACAUUAUUUUUUAUAUUCGUUUUGUUUAUUGUAAAUACAAUUUUAGUAGCAGAAUGUAGACAAGACUCGGAUAGCUCCAUGGAGUUUGGCCUCCACAUAAAUGUGCGAGAAGACGAGCCAGACGGGCGUCGACGUCACCACAAGAACCUGCGCAUACGCAACGACUACGCGCUCCACCUGGACCAGAAGCCCAGCCUGCGUAUCAGGGGCGGGAACACCACAGACACCUUCAACUAUCCCUACAUGGCGGCCAUUAUUAUCAAUGGCAGACUGUGGUGUGCUGGCACUAUUGUUGACGAAAACUGGGUGCUGACUGCUGCCCAUUGCUUGAACUACGUUCUCCACGUGUCUCCAAUCAAGACCCUGGGCAGAUACGUGAAGAUUCGCGUCGGCAGCUCCAAGCCUCAUGAAGGCGGGCAACUUGUCGACGUGGUGGGGGCAGUCCGUCACCCCAAGUUUGAAGAGGAACCUGUCCCCCACGCAGACAUUGCCCUCCUGAAGCUGGCUGACAAUCUGGAGUUCAAUAAAUACGUUAACUUGAUUAAGAUAUAUGAUGGUCUGAAGGAGCCGUUCGCUCAGAGUUUCGUUGUCGUCAAUGGGUGGGGAGCCAUCAGGGGGUCAGACUUAGCGUUCAGAGACCACACGCCAGACCUGUUGACGGCUCGGCUGAAGGUCCGCACCCAGCACUACUGCAUCGACGCGUACCAGUUAGUCAACGGCUUCCACUUCACUGAGGACUUCUUCUGCGCUUCUCUGAGGAACGGCACCAGAGAUGUUUGCUUGUUCGAUGCAGGCGCACCAGCCGUGCAGCAAAAUUAUCUGAUGGGAGUCAUGAGCUUCGGGCCUGAACGUUGCGGACACGAGUACCAACCGGCCGUCUUCAUCAAGGCUUUCUACUUCAGAGACUUUGUGAAGACGACAAUAGCGUCGUACAAGACCACAGCGGACCUGGUAGCGGCGAUGCAGAGCGUGGACCCAGGGUUGGACGUAAUGGCGCAGAGGCUGGAACACAUGGGGCACCACCACGACCCCGGCGAGGUCACCAUGCCCGACACCAAGCACGACUGAGCGAUGUUAAUAUACCACUGUUUGCUGCGAUCUUGUUUUGUAUAUUAGUUUCUGAGUUUCUGUUCCUUA